CUAACUAUUCCUCUCGAAAACGUCGCGGGAGCGCGUACACACGCGUCCGAUUCACGGCCGAGACCUUAUCGCCUUCUCGCCAUCGCUCUUACCUCGCGCUCCUCUCUCGCGUUCCCCACCCUGGAUAAAUGGGCGACGAGUAGCACACAUGCUGAUAUAAAAGCGAACUUAUCGGGGGUGUCGGAUCCAGUCGCUCGCGACACACGUGUGACACGACUUUGGCAGGGAGAGACGAGGUGCAAAAGAAGAGGGUCCAUCCUUCGCGCGGCGCGGCGGCUUUGCAUCACCGAAAUCGCGGAGCCCUCUUCGCGGCCCUCGCACUAAGGCGAAAGGGCGACUCCGGGAGCGAGAGCCAUCGGGAGCCGAGAGCCGCGAAAAGAGCCGCCGUCUCUCGUCGCUCUCAUCUCCGGAUCUCUUUCAGCGAUCGCAGGAGGCAUCGCGUCGACACGUCGCGUCUGCUCCCCAAGGAUUAAUCAUGAUCUCCGCGUGGAAAGGGUGCUGCGGCCGACUGUCGCAACGAUGGAUAUUCGCUAUUAUGGGAUUUUUGGCGAUCUUAAAUGCCUACACCAUGAGGAUUUGCCUCUCGAUCACUAUUACGGAGAUGACGAUUCCAAUACAUCACAAUUACUCAAACGAUACGGAAAGAUGUCCAAAAAUAGAUGUAGAUGAAAAACAGGAAAUAGAUAUCACUAAUCGAUACGACUGGGAUGAACAUACGCAGGGCCUUAUCCUCUCGUCCUUCUACUGGGGUUACGUCAUCACGCAUCUGCCGGGCGGGAUACUAGCUGAAAAAUUCGGCGGAAAGUAUACCCUUAGUCUCGGCAUUCUCUCAACGGCGGUAUUCACCUUGCUGACGCCGCUGGUGGUCGACUGGGGCCAGGCAACCGGUCUGAUCGUGCUACGGAUUCUCAUGGGCCUCGGCGAGGGCACAACCUUCCCGGCGUUAAAUGCCAUGCUAGCGCAGUGGACACCGCCGGAGGAGAGGUCGGUAAUCGGCUCACUGGUGUUCGCCGGCGCUCAGCUCGGUACGGUGUUCGCCAAUGCGAUAUCCGGCCUGAUUCUGCAUAGCUACGACUGGCCCGCGGUCUUCUAUGUGUUCGGCAGCAUCGGUGUGGUGUGGUUCAUCGUGUUCGUUCUGAUCUGCUACAACAACCCGGACGAGCAUCCGUUCAUCUCCGAUCGCGAGAAAAAGUUCCUGCACGAUCGUAUGAACGAGCACACUCAUAAGACACCACCGUCCGUGCCCUGGCGGCACAUGCUGACCUCGGCGCCCAUCUGGGCCCUGAUUGCCGCCCAGGUCGGCCACGAUUGGGGCUUCUUCACUCUGGUCACCGAUUUGCCCAAGUACAUGAGCAGCGUGCUUAGAUACAGCAUCAAGAACAAUGGCUAUGUCUCAGCGUUGCCCUAUCUCGUCAUGUGGUUCAGCAGCAUAGGAACGUCCUGGCUGGCCGACUGGAUGAUCGUCAAGGGCGUCAUGUCGCGCACCAACGUAAGGAAACUCGGCACUACGAUCGCCUCCAUAGGCCCGGGCGUCUUCAUCAUCGCUGCCUCGUACUCCAAGUGCGACCGAACGCUAGUGGUGGCCAUGUUUACCAUCGGUAUGGCUCUGAUGGGUACUUUUUAUCCUGGGAUGAAAGUCAACGGGCUGGAUCUCAGUCCCAAUUAUUCUGGCACCUUGAUGGCGCUGGUAAACGGAAUGGGCGCCUUCACCGGCAUCAUCACACCGUACAUCGUCGGCGAGAUAGCGCCCGAGCAAACGCUCUCCCAGUGGCGAACCGUCUUCUGGAUCGUGCUGGGCGUCUUCAUCCUGUCCAACCUGAUCUUCGUCAUGUUCGCCAGCGGCGAGGUUCAAUACUGGAACGAUCCCGAUUUCGUCAUACGAGAUCGGGAUGAGAGACGACUCCAGAAGAAGGACAAAAUGGCGGAGGCUAGAAUGGAGUCGAUAGUGGAAAAGUUAUGAAAUUGACCGCGAAUUACUUUCCCCCGUGGUGCCGCGGAGAGUGUCGGGCUCUUAAGAAACGGAAGCAGCCGGGACUCGUCGACAAUCUCACGAUUAUCCCGAGACGAUUCUUCCUCGCGCUCUCAAGGUCCGCCUGCCGCGUGAUCACGAAUUUCAAUAAAGAUCUCACAUCCGCGUGAAAAAGAGAUGCCCGAGAAAAAGACGCGGUCUUCGACACCUCUCACGCAUGAUAAUCCUUGAAUAAUAAAUUAUUCCGUGUGAGGUCGGAAAUGCAUCUCGAGUUCACGCCGUAUCGCGUGCGCCCAGUACACUGAUGGUAUGCGCAAUUGCGAGUCGAUCUAUUCGUCGUGAAAGGAGAAACUGUAAAUUAAAGCCGACAGACCAACAGCGAUUGUACAUACUGCGUAGGGAUUAAGUAAACGUAUAAUAUAAAUUUAAUUUAAUCGAAUAAAACGCAAUAAAUUGUGCGCGUGCCGUCAUUUCCGAUAGGGGACCCGAUUACUUCCAACACUCGAAGUAAUCGGGCUCUCUCCGGAAAUCCGGUUUGACGAAUCUGCUCAGCAAACGAAGACGAAUUGAAAUAGAUAGAAAUUAAUUCAUUUUGACAUUUUCGUAUUCGCGCUUCAGAUUUUCCGAAUUCAUUUAAAUCCAAAAAUAAUAUAACUCGGAUAUGAAUAUAUCCAAAUUCAAAAUGAUGAGCAUUUCGUAUUUCAGUUUAUUUGAAUCCGUUUGAAUCCAAAAAAUACUUCGGGACUCUAAAGCGCGAACUCGAAUAAAUUAAAAUAAAUUGCAAUUUUCAAUUUAUUUGAAAUUAUUUUCGUUUGCUGGAUGUACUUGCGAAAAAGUUAUAUUGGCGAGUUAUCGAAUCAUUAAACUUAUCAUCCGGAAUACAAAUGAGGAGCUUCAAAGAGCGCUUAAUCAAUCUUUCAGUGGUACUUCAUAAAUUUCGUUCGAUAUGUAUAAGAUAAAUAUUACGUGCACGAUAUAUGCCGUUUAAAAAUUUCUUACGAUCAUGCGGAACGCGUAAAAUAUUCCGCGUCAUCGGAUGAAACAAUGACAAGCAACGGUUUCGGUCAAAUCGUCGGUGGCACGCCGCCGUGGAAAUCGCGGAUUUUACGUAAUCUCUCUGCGCAUCAGCCGCGUUUAAUUAUACGUGUUCGAAUUCCGUUCGCCGCGUAAUAUCGCUAUUUUAUGAUAUUGCUAUUUUUUAAAUCGCCAUCACAUAAAAAUGUUAAAAUUAUCGAAUCGUACAAAUAUCCGCGAGUCUCCGCCCGUCUCUCUAUUCGUAAACGCUGGAUUCAAUUGCGUGCCUUAUCGACGAACGUAAUGGAAAUUGAGGAACGGAUAAUUGACGUGUUCUCCAACGAAAUUUUGAGACGCGAGAUCUUCCUCGCCGCUUAACGCAAUCCGCAAAACGUGUGCGCACACAUCGCGGAUAUCGCGGAAAUAUUUUAUGAGCUUUGCUCAUCGAAUUCUUAUAUGACUCUUAUCGCGCUUUAUUUGCAAAAGUAAUGAGCGUGUAUCUUGAAAAUAUCGAUAGAUACGCAACGCGGCGAUACGCAAUUUAUGAAUUAAUAUGGUUUUUUGUCGCGUCAUGCCGGUCUACUAAUUCAUGAUCCACGUUUAAAGAACCUGUUUCGCGAAAUCCGUAUCGAUUCAACUAUUCCUCCGCCAUCUCACCCUUUCACUGUUUUGCAUAAGCAGGGGUCGACAAACUUUUCCUCCGUAAAGAAUAGAUCAAAGAUAACAGAUAUCCUAAGCUCUACGAAUCCCGAAGAAGACAAAGUCGAGAAUAUUGUAUACUCAUACAAGAUGACUCACAAGUGUUUGAAAAUUUUAUGAGUGUAUCGCUGGAUAAAAGGGGAGGACAAAUAGUUUUGUGAACAUUAAGCUGAAAAUGCUUCGAAGUAAUAAACACAAUAUCAUGUAAUGAUCUUAAAUGAUGACGUUCCCACAGGUGCUUCAAUGUUAACUGAUUUAUAGACAAAGAUCUUCAAAACGAGUGAUAAAGAAUCAGAUUUGAUACCAGUUGUUUGAAAUCUAUCAAUUAUUUCAAUAACAAAGUUUUUUCGGCCGAAUGUUCGUAGGAACAUAUAAUCUUUUUUUUUCUCAUGAAAUUUCGAAACACUUAUGACUUGCCCUGUAUAAUAGAAGAAAAAAUGAAUUAACUUUGUUAUAAAAUUCAAAAUAAUUAACUCUGUAUUAUCGUACCCAGUAAACAAGAAACAUUAAGGUAAUAUUCAGUAAUAUUGAUUUUAUGUGUCUUUUUGAAAUGUUUUAAAAUAAUAUUAUAUAAGUAUUUCAAAAACAUUAUUAAACACCACAAUUUUUUUCGAAAUAUUGUUAAAAUGUUUUAAAAACAUCUCCGAGUUUGUUUAUGUAAAUGUUAUAUAUAAAUACGACAUACUUGAAACGUUAAAUGCUAUUGAAUAUCGUUACAAUAACAUGGCAGUAAUUAUUUUUGUUUACUGGGUAAUUCUAUCAAUUUUUUUUCUGGAUGAUCCGAAAGGAUCUUUUAAUUAAAUUGUUUUGAUAAAAAGUAAAGAUGCAGAUAAGAGAGCAACAGGCUAUCGAUAACAUUACGAUCACGAAUGAGAUGUCCAGGGUUCAAAAUUGUUCUUUCAAGCAGCCGUUUUGCGUCUGAUGUUUUACGUAAUUCAGAGCGGAAUUGUAAAAGACGAUAAACGACGUAACGACAAGUAAUAUUACAAAGAAAGUCAACCCGGAUUUUUUCGUGGUUCUUAACAUACAGGUGCAAGACUGGAAGAAUCAAUUGCUCGCUCGUCCUGAUAAGCACGAGAUAAGCAUUGUCCGAUUGUUUGUCGACAAACAAUAAAGAAUCGGAUACAAUUGCCCAGACAGCACAUAAUAUUUGUAAAAGAUUUACAAAAUGCUUGUAAUAAUUAUUUGAAUAUUUUAUAAACAUUUACGAAAAUAUUUCAUAAACAUUUUUGUGAUCAUAGAUUGAGCAAAUCAUAAAGAUUUAUCAUAAAUAUCAGGUAGAAAUAUUUAUAAAAUAUGUAUAAAAUAUUAUGUAACAUAAAUAUUAAUUUUUUUACUUGGCGUAAAUGUUAUGUAAAAUUGUAGUCUAUAUUUUAAUUACAUUUUGAAUAAAGAUUUUAUGAUUUCUUUCCUUCGUGUGUACAAAAUAUCUAUAAAAUAUUUAUACAACAUAUAAAAAAAUAAGUAGUAGUAAAUAUUUAAAAAUAUUUAUCAUAAAUAUUGUGUGCUGUCUGGAUCGGUUGACUUCUCUUACAUUUCUUGUCUCUUAUUGUUGAGUGGUGAGAUACAAAUCUAGAGUCACACGCGCGAUAAGAGUCGAAUGCACACGAUAAUUCUAAACGAGUGGACACGUCUCGCUUCUCUCGUUACAAAAUUACAUAUAACAUUAUUAAAUAUAUAAUUAAACAUGUAAAUAAUAUAUAAUGUAAUUUUAAAAAAAGUGUACAUAAAAUUGAAAAAAUUCUCACAGCACGCAA